GACUGCGGAGUCUUACUGUGGGUUUAAGUGUCCAUUGUAGUAGUUCAGAACCAGGAAGGGAAAGGACAAAAGAACUAAAGAAGAAGAUGAAGUCGGCCAAAGACCAAGUAAAAGAGAGAAUAGAUACACUAUCUGCCAGCAUUAAUGCACCAUCGGCCCCCAGUGGAGAUGUGGUGGAUACUGUAAAUCAAAAUGGACAUCUUACAACUGAAGACCAACUUGAGAUAUUAUCACAUGAUGAUGGAAAUCCAUGGGAAGAUGUCAAGGAAUUAUUGGUUCUGGAAGACAGUGUCAAAAUGUUUUUCGUCAGUGAACAAGGAGGUGUCACAACACUCUCUCAACCUCAAACUCUACGUGCCUUUCAGUUUGUCAAUCAUAAACCAGAAUCAAAGGAUGCUCCCGCAUUCCUUCAUUGCGGAGCCUGGAUGUUUCCCAUGAUUCCUGGUAGAUCUCCUGUUCUGAACACGGAACCUCACACGUAUAUGUUUCCCGACAUCAAUAUCGACCCUUCUUCUCCCCAAUCCUCGCAGCCUCGUCCCCAGCGGGCAUUUGCGUCAGUGGGUUUGAUUCUGAACCCUAAUAUUUCCUCUAUGGAACUAAAGAGGUUUGAGAGGAUUUUGAAGUGUUACGCAGAUUUCCAUCACUACACUCCGCCAAAGUAUUCUGAAGAGGGAAGCCAGGUCGAGCAACAAAGAACGGAUGAAGGUGCCUCUUCAGUGCCGGCUGCCGAGGCAGAAGCUAUGGAUGAGGAUGUUGCUGUGGCAGUAAGACCGAGCACUGAGGUUGUACCAGCUGAUUCACAGGACAAGUCAUGGGGAAGGAAGGUUUCUAAGGGAAUCGAGAUUGGCACAGAGCUGGUAGCUUGGGGAUUGACAAAAGGGGCUGAAGUCGGAAGUCAUCUGAUGCACAAGGGUUCUGCCAAACUCAGAGAAAAUCUCAAACCAAACGAGAAGCCAGUAGAAGUUGAUGAAAGUGUGCAGGAGAACAUUCGUCAGGUGAAGACUGUUGCAGGCAUGGCCUGUCAGGUGAGCGGUGCAGUGGUCUCUGCAGUGUCAGCCAUGACGCUCGAGCUCGGACGACGACUUGCGCCAGUUAUUGUGGAUAAAGGAGGAAAGGCUUUACCAGACUCUUUGAAAAAGAAGGAUAAUGUUGAUGGUGCAUCGACAAUGGACGAAAUCGUUAAAGUUGCAGUAAGCGGCGCUAGAGGUGCUGCUACGGUGUACCAAGGUCUUGAGACUUCAUGGAAAAUUUUGUACACAAAUCUGCAGCAUGCUACUGUCAAGACAGUAGAUUACAAAUAUGGCCGAGCAGUUGGUGAAGCUACAAAUAAUGCUAUGGGCGCUGCAGGGUUUGCUUUACAGACUUGCUGGAAUGUGGAAAAUUUGGGAAUCAAGGCUAUUGCCAAGAGAACUGCCAAAGAUACCGGGAAAGAGAUGGUUAAAGAAGCUGAGAAGAAAUACGUCACAGAUGGAAAGAAACAGGAAUAGAACACAGUGAAAAAAAAAA